CUCUCUCUCUCUCUCUCUCUCUCUCUCUCUCUCUCUAAACUAAGUUUUGUUGCAGAGCCAAAAUCUCCAUUUUUUCUUCGAAUGUGGCUCUCUUAGGACCUUCUCCUGCAACCAAAUAACAUAUAAAACACAACCCAUUUCCUGUUUUAUACCUGCAACCAUGCUUUCUUCCAAAUCCAAAUCUGGGCUCUCUGAAACUCCACACAAAAGCAGUCCUGCUACUCCGAGGAGUAGCAGAUUUUCAAGGGGAUCAUCAGUGGGAUCAGACUCUGAUUCUCUGCACCCUGGUAGGCAUUCGGUCGAUAAGUCACCGAGAUCAGUUGAUUCCAAGCCGUUGGAUCGCCGAACCCCAAAGAUCACCACACCAGAGAAACGAGUGGUUUCCAAAGGGUCAGAGUUGCAGCAGCAAUUGAAUCAGGUUCAAGAAGAUCUGAAAAAGGUUAGAGAACAAUUAGUAGCAGUAGAGCUUGAGAAGUCCAAAGCUCUCGAUGAGUUAAAGGAGGCUAAGAAAAGCGCAGAGGAGGCCCAUUCGAGGCUCAGUGAGGCACUGGUGGCCCAAAAAAGAGCAGAGGAGAGUUCAGAGAUAGAGAAAUUCAGAGCUGAUGAGAUGGAGCAAUCCAACAUUGAAGCAGCUCAAAAGAAGGAGCAGCAAUGGCGGGAAGAGCUUGAGGCUAUCAGAGAGCAACACGCACUGGACGUGGCCUCUCUUCUCUCUGCUACUCAAGAGCUUCAGAGGGUAAAACAGGAGCUUGCAAUGGUCUUAGAGGCCAAGAACACGGCCCUGAGUCAUGCUGAAGAUGCAAUGAAAAUUGCAGAGAUGAAUGCUGAGAAGGUGGAGAUUUUAUCAGCUGAAUUGCGUCGAGUAAGAGGGGCUCUUGAUGAAGCUCAAGCUUCUUGGGCGGCUGCUGAUAAAGAGAAGGCCUUGAAUGAUUCAGAGUGGGAGCUCAAGGCAAAAGAAGCUGAAGAAUUAAUGAUCCAGUUGAAUUUGGAAAUUAAAUCACUCAAGGAACAGCUUGCUAUAGCUAAGGAAUCAGCGAGUAGAUAUGUGGAAACAGAGGCUCUGGUUGAAAAGCUGAGGCUUGAGCUUGAUGACGCUCAAAGUUCCAAAUUUGAAGCUCUAGAAGUGGUCGAUGAAAUGAAGAACAAAGUAGAGACUUUGGAGCAUGUGGUUCAACGAGUUAAGGAAUCGGAGAAAACAGCUUCUGAAACUCUUGACUCCAUUGUGAAACAGUUGGAGGUGAGUAAUGGGCUUUUGCAGGAGGCAAAAUCUGAGAUUACUUCUCUCAAGGUAAAUGUCGAAUCUUUGGAGAUCUCUCUUGGAAAACACAGGGGGGAUCUUGAGGAGUCAGAUAGGCAUCUCGAAACUGCAAAGCUUGAGGCUGUUUCCAUGGAGAAGGCCAUCAAAUCUCUAAAUUCUGAACUUGGAAGCUUGAAAGAAAGCCUUUUGCAGGCUCAAGACAAUGAAAGGUCUGCCACUUUGAGCAUAGAAAGCCUCUUGGAGAAGAAGAAGACCCUUGAAAAUGAGUUGAAGUUAGCAAGAGAAGAAGGGGAUAGGAAUAAGAAGGCCAUGGAUGAUUUAGCAUCCGCCCUUCAUGAAGUUGGGUCAGAGAAUCGAGAAGCAAAAGAAAAACUCACUGUAACUCGAGCUCAGCUUGUAGAGGUAAAAUCAGAAUUAGAGGAUUUGAAGGUGGUUCUUAUAACCACCGAGGAGAAAUAUAUGAAAAUGCUGGAUGAAGCUAAGACAGAGAUUGAACAUCUCAAGAAAGAGGUGGAAACAGCCAAUCAAGAAGCAGAAAAGGUGAGGUCUGAUCAUGAGGAGAGAGAGAUUAAUAAUUUGAGCAUAAUCAACAAAACACAAGAGGAAAUAUCCAUAGCAAAAGAAGAGGUUGAAAGGCUUGCCAAGACACUAAGAGAAGCUGAGGAAGAAGCCAUGUCCUUCAAGGAAGAUAACACCCGGCUUCUGAAUCUGCUAAAGCAAACUGAAAAUGAGGUGGUUUUGGUGAGAGAAACUGUGGAGUGUUCUAAAUCCGAGAAUUUGAGGCUAAAGGAGUUCCUACUAGACAAAGAGAAUGAGCUACAGAGUAUUUCCCAAGAAAAUGAAGAGCUCCAGAUCAGAGAAGUCGCGGCUCUAGAGAAAUGCCAAGAACUGUCUAAGCUUCUAGAAGUCAAAUCCCCUAGAAAAUCAGAAGAAAAUGGCAGACUCUCAACUAGUGAGAAGGAUUAUGAUAUGUUGCAAGAAAAAACAGAUUUUGAGAGGGUAGUGGAAAAACCCGCUGCAGAUAUCUCGAAAGAAGACCCUCAAGAAGAAGCGAAAGAAGAUCCAGCCAUGGGUUUCAGUUUUAUCGAUCCCAAGAAAGCAGUUGAAAAUGGACAUGGAGGCGAACUUGAGACUGCAAAUUUCAAUGUAAAUGAAUGGGAAAAUUGCAAGGUUGUUGAAAAGGAAUCAUUUGCAGAGGGUCAGGAUGCAUCUGAAUCAGUGGACUAUGAUUUGGAAUCGAAGGUUGAGAGUGAAGGAUUGGACCAUAUGGAAGGGACAAAAUCAGAAAGCACAGAAAAUGGGGGGAGCUCACCGAUAAGGAAGCAACAGGAGCAGAAGAAAAAGAAGGCAUUAUUGCGUAGGUUUGGCAGUUUGCUGAAGAAGAAAAACAAGCCAUAAGUGUUGGGCUUUGGAUUAUGUGAGAAGUGGGGGGGGGGGGGGGUUCUCUUAAUUGUCGUUGGGUCUUUUUUGUUGUUCCUUUUUGUGUUUGCAGAGCAUUAUCUGCUUUGGUUUUGUUGUCACACUUGUAGCAUUUGGUCAUGGCUGUAUUUGUACUGUUGCUACCAGUUUUCUUAUUUAUAUGCUUCUGUAAAUCGAUAACCAGUAUCAAUACACUGUUGUUUCUCUCA